UUCAUAGAAAUUUCGAUCCUCAGAAUCAAAACCCUCCAAUCCCAAUUCUAGUCGCUCUUUCUCUCUCUAUCUCCUCCCGUCACCUUCCUAAUUCCUAUGUACGACCAUGUAUUCACACUGCAACUACCAAAAACCUCAAAAUGCCAACAUUUGGGAAAAUGGGUCUUACCAGAAUUAGAUUAAUGAAACGCUCAAUUCUCAAGUUAAUCAUUUGGAGUUGUUAAAAACCUUUCGAAGCCGUCUCGAUUUCGAAUGAAUAUGAACACGAGUACGGAUAUGGUGAUGAACCUUCAUGAGAAAGUUUAUGUUGCAUUGAACAAUGAAAUGCAAGAAGAUGAAGGUCGUUUGACUUUGAAUUGGGUUAUUAAUAAAUGGGGUGGUCAUCAUCCUAUCUCAAUUAUCAUUCUUUUCAUCAAUUCUUCCUCUUCCUUUGAGUUUGUUGAUACCCCAUUUGGAAAGCUUCCUGCAAGUUCUGUGAGUGAUGAUAAAAUAAAGAUCCUAAGGAAGUGUGAACAAGAGAAAAUUGACAAGCUCCUCUCAAAAUACAUUGCAUUUUGUGGAAAAGUAAAAACAGAGGUACAUAAUAUUAAAAAACAUGAUGAACCAAUUCAAAAGACUGUGGUUGACUUAAUCAUUGAGAGGAAAAUUACUAAGCUGGUUAUGGGAAUGACAUUGAUGAGAUCAUCCUCAUCAUCAGGGAGAUCAAAGAACGCGAUUAACGGGUCAUUUUACGUUCAUCGAACGAAGCCAGAUUUCUGUGAGUUAUUCAUACUUUGCAGAGGGAAGUUGGUAAUGCUUAAGGAGGAAAAUGAUGAAGGGUACAUGGAGGAUGAGGAAGGGGUAAUUGUGGGGAAAAUUAAGCAAAAGGCAAGUUUUAAGGGUUGGUUAGGGAAAAUGUUAUCCCAUGGACAAGUGAAAUCCCCAACAUGCCCCUCGUCCCGGUGUUCGAGUGCUGAUUCCGAUUCCCCCAUUUCAAGGAAUAAUAGUAAUAAUCAGUGGGAAUUGUAUAAACAAGACAUUGAGGAGUAUUUUCAAGAGUUGGGGUCAAAUUCAGAGGAAAAUGGAUCAUGUACUAUGAAGAAUAAUACAAGUGAGCAAAUCAUGUUUGCUGAUUGUAUACAGGUAUGUUUUAAGGGUCCUGGUGACAGAAUUGAAGCUCUGAGAAAAGAAAUACAAGCAGCAAAGGAAAUGAUAGAGUCGAAUAAAAAUGCAGCUAAAGCUGAAGUCGACAGACAAGCCAAAGCUUCAUGGGCUAUUUGCUUGUGCAAGCAUCAAGCUGAGCAACUCCAAACUCAUAUAGCAGAAGAAAUCUCAACACAAGCUGACCUAACGAAAGACAUAGACAAUACACAAGAGCAGAUUCAUGAAAUCCUAGAUGAUGUGCAUGAGAGUAAGGACAGACUAAGCUCAUUGGUUGAGCUCCAAUCUGAGUUGUCUAGCAAACUUCAAGCCUCCUCUGUUGCAAAGCGGGGAACUGAGACAAAGCUAGAGAAUGCAGCCAAUGCAAGAACUGAGCUAGUGAGAGAAAUCGAGGAAUUGAGGAAGCAGAGAGAUGUGUUCCAACUAAGGAUCGAUUUCUGCAAAGAAAAGGAUGCUAUUGGGUUGGCUACUAGGAUGACUGAUCCGGUUAGCUGCAGUUACAGAGAGUUCAGUGCAGAUGAGAUCAGAUCAGCAACAGAUAACUUCUCUACGUACAGGAAAUUGACAUGUGGACAGGAUUGGACUAGUGUGUACAAAGGCCGGAUCAAUCGUCUGUCUGUUGCAGUCAAGAUGCUCAAUUCCAAUGUUAAUAUGUGCCAAGAGAUUUUCCAAGCCAAGGUAAAUCUACUUGCAAACAUUCGGCAUCCCCAAGUCACGGCAUUUAUUGGCUUCUGCUCGGAGCUCAAGUGCUUAGUUUUUGAAUACAUGCACAACGGUUGCCUCAGAGACAUCAUAUUCUCAAGGGCAAAAGCCAGGGCACUGCAAUGGCACCAAAGGAUCCAUAUUGCAGUCCAAGUCAGCUCGACCCUGAGAUUCCUUCACCUGGCUGAGCCUAGUCCCAUUGUCUGCAGUGAGCUUAACCCAUCCACCAUCUUCCUGGACCGGAACUUCGUGGCCAAGGUCCAUUCAUUUGGACUCACACCACGCUGUGAUGAGUUUACUGUGUUAGCCAAUGUAGGAGCUUUCGGUGACUUGCUGCUUCAGCUUGUUACAGGAAGAAACUGGGCUCAGCUUGAUCACGAGGCAAUGAUGAUUGGCAAAGAGGCCAUCCUCGAAGCCUUGGAUGAAAAUGCAGGUGAUUGGCCUUUGGAUUUGGUAGAGGAAGUUGUGGAGCUAGCAACGAAAUGUAGGUCCAUAAACUCCGAGCCUAGUGUAGGAGUGAUUAUGUCUUCAGUGUCUGAAGAGUUGAAUGAGCUAAAGAAGAAGGCUGAUGGUUUGAUAAAAAGGAGAGAAUGUCAUAUUGGCAGUGAAGAUGGUAGUAUAUCCUCUGGCGAAGAGGGGAGACAUGUUCCUUCCAAUUUCCUAUGCCCCAUACUUCAGGUCGUAAUGGAGAAUCCUCAUAUAGCAGCGGAUGGAUACUCAUAUGAGUUAGAAUUCAUAGAAGGAUGGUUACAGAUGGGGCGCGAUACUUCUCCAGUGACCAACCAGAAGCUAAAGCACAAACAUAUCGUCCCUAACAACAAUCUUCGUUUCCUCAUCCAAGAUUGGCGUAAGCUUAUCAAUCUACUUGAAAACAUGGAUUCUUCAAGUUAUGGGUUCAACAAGUAAUCUCUGAGUGUCCCUCGUAUGUAUGUGUUAUGUCUAAAAAGAUGUUUUAGAAAGGCAUUUGUUUCACUAAGUUUCGAGGACAAGUAUAGAAUGGGAGAAGUGUAUAUACCAAUAAGAUUAAUGUGGAGGACAACUUGAUUGCCGAGGGAAAAACAGACAAGAUUAUCAGCUAAUUGUAACAGAUUUUCUCGAUUAUCAGGCGACAACUCCAGGACACAAGGCCAGUGUGCUUAUUUACAGGGGUGCCUGAGUGAUGACUGAUGAGGUUGAGGGUGAGAAUUAAGGGGUCGUAGCCAAGAUUUUAGUCAAUACCUUAUGUGUGAAAUCUGAGAAUGCAUCAGCACAUGAAAUCUGAGGCUAAAGUCUUCUAGUUUGUACAUUUGUUUGAUAUCUUCAGAGUUACUGUUUCCUGUUAAGAAAGACCAUCUUUUAUGUGCAACAUAAUC